AUGCUGCGCUCCAUCACCAAGAAAUUUUCAUCAUCAGGCAAUCAGGUGAUUCAUCAUUGUUCCCACAAGUCUUUUGCUCCUUUGUACAUUUGUACACAGAAGGCUUGUUACUCCAAAGUAGGAGAAAGAAAACACAAAGAGCAAAUGACAGAUGUGAGAAAGAAAUACAAGCAAUAUGUCGAACAAGCAAAACAACAACAAGAUGAAAAAUCCAGAAAGGAAUUUGCCGAACACCGAGAAAGAGUUUUAACCUACCGUGAACAUAAACGCACCAUUGCAAUGCAAAACAUACAAAAACAUGAAAGAAUGAUGCAAAUUCAGAAGGAAGAGUAUGAAAGAGCAAGAAUGGAACGAGCUCAAAGAGCAAUUAAUUUAGAGGCCAUUGAACAAAGUAAAAGAAGGGAUAACUUGAAGAGAUUAGUUUCCGAGGCUGAAUUCUUUAUUACACCAGAAAAUAUUGAUAGACAUAUUGACAAUCAAUUAAAUCCAGCUCGUAUUGUUGUACCAACAAUGUUCGGAGAAGGAAAGUUUGGUGUUAACGAUGAGGUUGCUCUUGAAUAUUUGAGAGUAGGAAAAGAAAGACAACAUUUGAGAAGAGAGAGUAUUGCGGAAGAUCCACUCUAUCCUAAUGCUAAGGUUUUCGGAGACCAUAUGGCCUUUUUGGAGACUCAUUUGGGUCAAAACACUACAGAAUUAUUUGACUUGUACCAGUACCUGAAUGACACUGAAUCUGACAAUCAACCUUCAGGCCAGCCACGACCACAAGAAGUCUCAGAAACGGCAGAUGAAGAGGAGAUGGAACAAAACCUUGACGACAUGGAAGUUAACUUUGAUAUGAGUCAGUUGGAGUUGGAGAAGGAUGAUGAACCUUUGGAAGAUUUCCACAUACCAGCCGCUCUUUCUGAUGAAUUUGUAAAGAAAUUCGAAAAAGCUAAACCUGAAUUAGUAGAGGGAGUUGAUUAUUCUAAAUAUGAAAGAUUGUUACGAGAUAUGAAGUCUCUUUUGGCCAACGAACCUAUUUCUAUAGAGAAUCAAUUGAAGGCACUUGACGACUCUUCUGCUUUGGAAUUUAUGGAGGCUGUUGGCAAGGCACCUAAUAUGGAUGAAUCUGCUCAACAACCAAAACAAAGAGCUCGUAAACCAGAAGAAGAAGAAGAAAUUCUUGGAGGCCCUGGAGAACCUGUUGCAAUUCCUAAACUCGACGAUAAGACAAUAACAGCUUUGGAAAAUGAUGACGUCGAUUAUUUCAUAGAACAAGCAAAGAAAUUGCCUGUCGACCCUCUCGUUGCUUCAGUUAAUCACAUUGUACCUAAGGUAAAGAGUCAACAAGAAAAAGAAAGAUUGCUAGAAGAAAUGGCCAAGAUUCCACAGCUAGCCACCGCUCAUACUUUGCAUCCUGCUCCAAAGAAGAGAAAGAGAAAAACCUCCAAUGUUUAA